AUGAGAAGUCACCUGUCACCAGAGAAGAUCGAGCUUUCUCGUCACCUUUUCGGGAAAGCAGACGAUGUUCCAGCCUUCUUCUCUCUAUACGAUGAUCUACUAAGAAACGAAACAGACUUCAUCGUCAAUAUAGAUCCAGAAGAUGCCAAACCCUUAUCCGAAAGAGAGGUGAUCCUGAUGACUAGUCUCAUCAAGACCCACCCUGCUAUGACCAAAGAAGAUGUCGUGAAAAAGGUCAAGACGAGCUUUGGGAUCAACAGGUCGACGGAAAAGAUUGACAGCCUUAUAAACAUUUCUGUGCAGCUUGUUUCCAUGGCUGACUGUAACGCUGGAGACCACCAUUCAAGUGAUUACUCGCUAGGUGGCUUUCGUCCAAUAUCUUGGGUUCACGGGGAGAGCUUUCUUGGGUUCAUGGAGCGAUCUUUCCCAAUGAGCAAAGACCCAAGUAUACAGGAAAAGGCCGAGGCUGCCGUUGACGAGAAGGCUGCUCUCAAGGCUUGGAAGCUACGGAAUCGAUUCGGCAUCAAGUUUCGAGGCACACAUAAUCUGUCUGAGCAUCUUUUGCUGGAUCCCAAGAGCAACUCUCUCUAUCUAUUCCAUCAUGUAGGGUUCUUGAAGGCACAAUUGGAAAAGGCUAGAGAUGAGCAGCAACCGUUGGGUCAACACAUGGAGGAAAGUUUGAAGAGCGGCAACCUGCCACCUCAACUUCUCGUAGAGACCUUGCACUCGCUUCAGUCUAUCCUAUUCCAGUCUAUUGAUAGGAAAUCAGCCGACAUACUCGAUGAUCUCAUCGGGAAGCGUCGGGGCGCCUUCGACCGUGAAUGUGCCGAGUAUGAAGGAUAUAUAUUAUUCCAUAGUCCCCCUGAAGACUUCAAGUAUGUAUACUGGGCAGAGCGUCUCUCCAUCCUACAAGAUAUGAUUACGAGUAGGCCUCCAAGGAACAAGUUCGAGCGCUGGCUGCAUCGACAAAGCAACGAAGGCAGUGCGCUCUACGUUGCCCUUGUCGCUCUAUUCAUAUCCAUACUUGUCGGAAUAAUCAGCAUUGGUCUUGGGGCUAUCCAAGUUUGGAUUGCCUGGAUGGCUUGGAAAUAUCCGGUCCCAGAACCGUCGGGAUAG